AAGUGAGCACCCUUUUAAACAACGCCCAUCGGCCUGUGCGCCACCUUUGCUAAACACGAUGAAUGUUGGCACCAGGAGUAGAAAAAACUGUGCUCGAAACGAGAGAGUCGUCCCAUUUGUGUUCAAAAAUAUGAGACUAGAACGGAUGCAUAUUAUUAUGCAAAGAAACGAGAUCAAACAGUUCUUUCUGAUUCAAAAAAUAGCAAUUGCAGAACUGCGAUCGUGAUCUUCUUAACCUUCUUGUAGUUCCAAAUUAUGAAGAUGAUCUUCAACAUGAAAUUCACAGUCUUCAAUUCACCUGAAAAUUCAACACCAGAAAGAUCGACGAAAUUUUUUGAACGAAUUCGCCACAUCGCUUUCCCCAUCUUCUAAGUACUUCAUUGAUCGAAAGCAAACUAAUACUAGGUUCAAAAUUGAAAGAUCGAAAUUUCGAUAUCGUCUUGAAAAAACGUGUGAAGGUCCAAAAAUUCAAGACCAAAUUCGAUAUCAACAAAGUUCUCUUAUCUUGCCUGCAAAGAGACCUGGAGUUUUAAAGUAGAAUUCGUGCAUGAAUUGCAAACGUAAGCGACUGACAUUUUAGAGCUUGUUCAUAAUUUUUGUGGUACAAAACGGACGAACGACAUCAAAGACUAAUUCUCCCCUUUGCUUUCACACGACAGGUUGUGUCUGUAGUAAGUUCUUUUUCAGAUCAAUCGUCCUCGAAAUUAUUGCUGAGAAGUGCUAUCGUUGCAUCAUUUUCUUUCUAGAAACAACUGAAAGUUAUAAUACCACAGAAUUCUUCAUCAAUCUUCUGUUCAUUUUCAUUCUGAUACCAGAAUAGACGAAAACAAAAUGCCGGGAUCCUACGAUAGCCGUGGAAUGUAUGGUGCGCCAAGUGGCGGUGGCCGCAGGGACAGCCGUGGACGAAGCUCUAGUACCUAUCUUUCUUUCAAUAGAAAAACACUCUGACGCCACGGGUGAUGGCUUUCUAUGCGUGGCCGUGGUGGUGAUACCCAUCUGACGAAAAGCUUCAGAUGAGGUGCAAGCGUGCGUCUCUCUCUCUCUUGGAUCCUCGCGUGUGUCUGAAACAAGUGGUCUGCAGCACAUCUGGCGGAGAUUAUGUCGUGAAGAUUUCGUAUUUAGCUUUUCAGAACACGAGUUUCGCCGUUUGAAGGUAAAGGUUUUAAACAGCAAGAACGACGAAUAUUCGUAUUCAUUGUUGAUCAACAUCACAACGACGAGCACGAAGAAGAUCAAGACAGCAUCUCUUUUUUACUUCUAGUAUCCGCAGACAAGAAAGAAAGCCGGCAAAAAUACGAUGACCACAUGACACACGCGGAAAGGGGUUUGCUACGUGAGAGACAAGCACGAACCACACGUCUACUAUGCUGCCAUCAUCGGGCGGAAGAUUUUCUUAGAUAUAGAUUUUGUCUCAACUACUUGAGAAAUCGAACUCCGAUCUCAAUUUUUUUUCACAACAUCUUCAUUCAUGUUGACUCAUCUGUUUGUUCCUUUUGGAUGACAUAGAAAGUGACUCAAUCUCCGUAAGUCGUCCAUGCUGAGCUACAACUUACUAUUAUCUUGAUGAAGCAUUUUGCAGUGUUCUCCAACGUAAAAAGUGAAUGUUACACAAGAGAAAGGGCAAGAACAGCUUAGGUGAGGCGUCAUGUCGUGCUACUAUGGGUGCAUGGAAAACAAAUCGUGUCUCCACCUCCGUAAGGGGGAACGACGUGAUUUUUGCACUAUAAAAGCGCGACGAAGAUGAUCCGUCCUCAUCAUACUGUAGACUACUCUCUGUGUGUGACUUCUCUUAGUAGUUGGAGGAGCAAAAAGAAGACUGGUGGACUUGAAAAGCACUGACAUUUUCUCGUCCGCUAGUCUAAGAGACGCUGCAAGCUGCCAUGUGCCUCUCUGCCUCUACUGCGCGGCGCAGGGUCGUCGUUCCUGGUCACUAAAUCUCUUGGAAGAUGGGAGUUGAGGAGGAAAGAACUCUGAUCCAUGUAGAGAAGACUUUGACUAGGGAAGAUCAUGCGUUUGGGCACAAAGAGGACGGACAUGGGCAGCACAAAAAAAUUACUACAACUAUUACAUCAAUUAAGAAGAAUAAAUAGAUCACAGAGACAGACGUCCUCUGAUAAAUGAAAAAAAAGAACUACAAGAACUAGAAUCGAAAUCCAAUAUUCUCCUACGUACUUCUUGAAACCUCAAAAUCGAAAUCGAAAAACAGACGACAAUCGUCGUGAGCGCAGUUAUGACCGUGGAUAUGACCGUCGCGGAGGUGACCGUGAUUUUGGAGGCGGCAAGGACCGCUUCGGUGGCGGCAAGGGAAAAGGAAAAGGUGGCGGUGCUGGUCUUGGAGCCAAUCUGCGUGCCAUUGAUUGGUCCAGGGAGCAUUUGCAACCCUUUCAGAAGAGCUUCUUCCGCGAAAGCGCAACAGUUGCGGCUAUGAGUAUGCACGAUGUCCAAAAAUGGAGACACGAUAAAGGAAUUGCGGUCGUGAAUGAUGGGUAUAACUUGGAUUUAUUCUACUUCAUUCCUACAUUUACACUUACUGGUAGAACUAAAAAAAUGCACAGCAGAAGAUGACGGAGAAGUCGAGGCAUCCUAUACUAUCCUAGCUGUCGUUUUAUUUAUUACUUCUAGAUUACUUCCACACUUAUUACGAGUGCAUUUCUUCGUCAAUCUCAAUGAAAUCAUCUAACUUGAUAAGUUAUUCUACGUGAGCUACUAACAACUUACAGCUAGUACAACCCUCUCUAUCUCAACAUCUUACAACAUUAAAAUAACAGUGGCUACCCCUGCCCGAAACCGAUUAUCACUUUCGCUGAUGGUGGUUUCCCGGAAUGCGUUAUGGAGUCGAUCCGCCGCGCAGGCUUCCAGAACCCGAGUCCGAUUCAGGCUCAGGGAUGGUCCGUGGCAUUGUCUGGAAGAGAUAUGAUUGGUAAUAUAGUCUACCCAAAUCCUCUUUUUUCCCUUUCAAUAUUAUCUCGUACUUGAAAAAAUGAUGAAAGUGAAAGAGUUUUAGUUUUUUGAUGUGAAAUAAUAGCCUUCUUCUUCUGCUUGCUAGUGUUUUCUUCAAAUUUAUUGCCUAAAAACUUGUUGGGACGAUACUAGAUCUUGAGAAAUUUCUCGACGUCCUCUAUGUGAAAAUGCGUUUCUGGAGCCAUACAUGCAUCUCUGGUCGAUGCAAGAAACUUUUUCACAAAUCAUGUUCUUGUUCAGUUGGAGUAAGAUGAAAAAAUUUUAGUCUAUGUAAAAAUCUACCAGUACCACUGCUCCCAAAAAUAAAAGGUAUCGCCGAGACUGGUUCCGGAAAGACUCUUUCGUUUCUUCUUCCGGGUAUCACGCAUAUCAACGCCCAGCCACCUCUGAACAACGGCGAUGGCCCGAUCUGCUUGGUUCUUGCACCAACACGAGAACUCGCAGUCCAGAUCAAGAACGAGGUCGACAAGUUUGCGGUACUUUCUACUUUCUUAGAUUAUGUUAGAAUCUUGUGGUAGAGUUGGUAGACGGGGGGACUUCAAACCGGUAGGCGGUGACGUGGUUCUUUAUUCUUGAUAGCUGCUCAACAAGUAAAGACGUACCCCUGGAUCGAUUGGGUUUACUACUCCUGCUACUAGUAGUAGCUAGUAGUAGUUACUUGUAUACUCAGCAAUCUGAUUCACGACGAGCAUAUUGUUCUUGUCGAAAAACCAUUGUCGAAAAACCAUUGGAGAUGAACUCCAAAUUCAAAAAAAACAAUCUUCACAGGGCCGCAUCCGCAACACUUGCCUGUAUGGUGGCGUCCCCAAAGGUCCGCAGAUGCGCGAAAUGCGUGAGGGUCGCGAAAUCGUCAUCGCUACUCCUGGUCGUCUGAUCGACAUGUUGGAUAUGGGCAUUUUUACUCUGCGACGAACAACCUACCUCUGCUUGGAUGAGGCUGAUCGUAUGUUGGAUAUGGGAUUUGAGGACCAGGUCAGAAAAAUCUGCGGCCAGAUUCGACCGGACCGACAGACCCUCCUAUGGUCUGCCACGUGGCCGAAGAGCGUGCAGGCUUUGGCCAGAGAUUUGUGCAAGGAACACCCAGUGCACAUCAACAUCGGAGCGCUGGAUUUGAAGGUACAAGAACUCUUUCAGUCUUGACCACAUAUCUAAAAAUUAUGACCUAAUCUUCAUCUACUAGUUCUAGUAGGAAGUCUACUUUCCUGUAGUACAGUGCAGCAAAUUUUUGGCUCUACCUACAACUCUGUUCCCAAAUAUGAUCAUUUCCAAAUCGUCCACCUCGUCACAUUCCAUCUUGUUUCAGGCCAACCACCGUAUCGUGCAAAAAGUCGAAGUUCUCACCGGCUACGAAAAGCGACAGAGGUUGAACGACUUGUUGCGUCAGUAUUUGCAGUCUGGAAAGAUCAUCAUCUUCGCCGAAACCAAGAGAGGAUGCGACGAACUGACGCGUCAGAUGCGGAUGGACGGGUAUCCGGCUCUCUCCAUUCACGGAGAUAAGAAGCAGGAGGAACGCGACUGGGUUUUGCAGGAGUUCCGAACUGGGCGAAACCCGAUUCUGAUCGCAACCGACGUUGCAGCACGUGGUCUGGACGUCAAGGACAUCAAAGUAGUGAUCAACUACGAUAUGCCGAACAACAUCGAGGACUACGUCCACAGAAUAGGACGAACGGGACGAGCGGGAGCUAAUGGUACUCCUUCGAUUUUUUCGAAACAACAAGAACUCCAGAUAUGUUAUAGUAGUAAAAUAAAUUUCAUUGAUCAUCAUCAUUCAAAGGGCUAAUGGUACUCCUUCGAUUUUCCUCAUUUCGAAACGACAACUCCAGAUAUGUAGUAAAAAUUCCAUUGAUCAUUCUGAAAUAGGUCAUUGUUGAAGAUUGAAAGCCGAUCGUAGAAAUACACAAAUAACAGUUUACCAGUUCUCGGACAACAAGUUGUAACUGCACCAGGUACAACUAACUUAUGCAACCUCAACCUCAUUCUAAAACUCCAUACAGGUACCGCCUUUUCCUUCCUGACUCACGACAAGGCCAGAUUGGCCCGUGACUUGAUGGGAAUUAUGAAGGAAGCUUCUCAGCCAAUCUCGCCACAACUGGAGCAACUCGCCAACUCGGCUUCCGCCUACGCACCGAGCUCUAAGGGUAAGGGCCGUGGUAAGGGAAUGGGAGGCGGUUUCGGCGGCGGUUUCCCACGAUACUCGCCGUACUAG